AUGGAGCAUGUCGCGGAACAGCAUGGUCAAGGCAUUGCCGAACGCGUGAAGGUUCAGUGCCAAACUGAUAUACUGACGAAAAAACUGAAACCACCAAGUAAUUUCGAAGCAUUUUGGUCCUUUCCAAAGAGUUGCGGUUGGAAGAUCGGCGAGGAUUUUAAGAUUCAGCCGUUGGGGGAAGAACAACCAAUCACCAACCUUGCUGUUUUUCUGCAAAGCUGGUUGUUCUUUGGACUUGCAUUCACAGUGGUUCAACAAGGAGGAGUACCGAGUCUCAGUCUUGAAGACCUCGUCGCCGAGACAUACUUGUCAACUAGCUGCCUGAACCGAAAGCUCAAUGAAUGGGCGAACUGGGAGAAGGCACAUUUUGACGGCCUAAGAUUUCGUAUGAUCCAGGUCGGCUGGGUUCUGGAUCACGCACGCCAGGUUAUACGAACGAAUUGUGCCUACAUCGGAAAUUCUGUUGGCUACGCUUAUGAUAUCGAGGACGCCCUCUAUAUGGACGACAAGCAUGCACUCGUAUUGAUGUGCCUUGGCGAAACGCUAUCAGAGGCCAAAGCAAGUAUCAUGGCCUCGAAGGAAUUGAAAUUAAAGGUCAAGCUAGACGGAUGGCACGCCGACGACCAUGCUGGGUGGGGAGCUCCAAGAUAUGUUUUUGAGGGAAUGAAGAAAAAAGGGUGGUGCAAGCGGGCGAUGCAACUUCUCAAGGGACAGCUGAGAUCAAAUGCAACCAUGCUGACGUCGGCUUACGAGGCGUAUUUCACUUCCUCCCGCAUGGAAGAGGAUCACAGAGAUUGUACCGCAGAUAUGUGCAAAUUCAAUCCCAGGGACGAUAAGCGUGGAUCUUACUCAGGACAUAUAGGGAACUGCCAAGGCUGCGAGUCACUUGGACCAACUCAGGAAAAGAUCAUGGAGAUCCUGAGGGAGGACGGAGACAUAAUUCCACUACUCCGGUUCCGCACAACAUCUGAUAGACCUGACCCUCCCAGCCUCGAGGUCGAGUCUUUUGAUCUGAACAGCGCCGGGAAAACUGACUUUGUCACAAUGUCACACGUAUGGUCAGACGGUUGGGGAAAUGAGGACAAGAAUGAGUUGAGCACUUGCAGAUUGAAAUUUAUCCGAAGGCAGAUUGGGCGAGCAACUAGGACCGAGAAGGCUCUGUUCUGGAUGGACACGCUCGUUGUGCCAGUAGGCCCUUCUGUGGAACAACGUCUCAAAAAAAAGGCUAUCCGACAAAUUUUCCAAGUGUUUGAUAAGUCCAAUUACACUAUUGUUCUCGACAAUGGCUUGAAGGCCAUGAAUAGAGGAAACCCGAACAACCCUGCUGAAGCCGCCAUGCGCAUAUUGUCCAGCGUCUGGAUGCGGCGACUGUGGACACUACAAGAAGCAUAUCUGAGUCGCCAGAUAAUCAUACCAUUUGAGGAGGCUGAGAGAGGCACAAUGAAUUUACUCAAACUCGAUGCUCUUGAAGAGCAACUGAGUAAGGCUAUUCAGAGUCCUACGUCGGGUAUCAUUAGACUCGUCAAGGAUCAGUUAUCCCACAUCAUGAUGGGGCAAGAGCGUCGAGACAGGAGAAACACGCCAGUAGUAGAUCAUCGGGAGAACAAUCCUGCCAUAACUGCCAACCUGGUUUCUAACACGUGGCGGGCCACUAGAUGGAGGUCUACCGGUAAACCAGAGCAUGAGGUUUUGGCGCUCGCUACCCUUUUGAAUCUUAAAUACGAAGAUACUGAGAUUGAAAAAGCCGGUUUGGAUGACCCAAACAAAGAAAACUGUCACCAGGAUGCGAACAGAUUGGAGAGUCUGUCUGUUGAAUUCUGGACCUUGCUAGAACAGCAGUACAGGGGAUCAAUCCCAUCAGGGAUGAUUUUUCUCCCAGGUGAAAGGAUUAAUCGUCAAGGGUUUGGUUGGGCACCAAAGACCUGGUUAUCAGCACACGAAAUUGACUACCCGGAUCCAUUACGAGUUUGGAAACAAGCUACUGUUUUGGACCAGAACCUUGGGCUUCAAGUCCAGUAUCCCGGCUUUCUUCUCUAUCCUGAUUCAUCCAAGACCCGUGGGCAAAUACUUGGAACGACCGCAGGAACAGACUCAGACGGGCAUGAGGUGAAGUUCUCCUUCCCAGUCGACCGAAGUCUCAGUGAAUGGUAUAGUUUCAAGCCAGCAGAUGAGAAAACAAACGACCAGCUGAACAGAUUGCAAACCGCAGAAUCGACUCUCGCCAUCAUACUAUCAGGGCCGCAGCCAAGGGAGUGGCCUCGGGAGAUUGCCUUGCUGGUCGAGGUUGAGAAGUCCGGCAAUCCAGAUAGUAUGCAGCAACCAGUGUACCAUACCCGUAUCAUUCAUCGUAUCAUGAUAUGGAAGGAGCCAAAUCAUCUUCAUACUCAAGAGAAUAGACUACAGUACAGGAAAGGAUUUUUCCAAGGCCCGGAUGAACCAAGUGUAUGCCUCGGAGAAGUAUUGGGUCCUUCUCAAUCCUGGUGGGUUGACGGGUAUGUGACCCAGGAGGACGUUUCUAUCGAGGAAGAUUUUGCAGAUGGUAAUGACCAGGAAGACCAGAAUGAGACAUCUGAUUCUGACACAGCAGCUGAUAAUCAGAAAUCAAGCAUGCUGGUGAAGUUUUUGGGAUAUUUAGGACCAUCGUGGCAAGAAACAACUCCUCAACCUACGGAGAACAGUGCCACAGGCGAAGUAUUUGGAGAGAGACCUAGUCUAGAAGACACCACUGGUGGCAGGUGGCAACUUUUCCGAAGGUUUACAGUGCCUCAGUCAAGAUGA